AUGACAACUGCGCCAUGGUACCACCGAGAUAUCAGUCGGGUGCUGGCGGAGGAUCUACUUGCCCACGCCGGGAGAGAUGGGAGCUUUCUGGUGAGGGACAGUGAGUCGGUGCCGGGAGCCUACGCCCUCUGUGUACUGUUCCAACGGCACGUUCACACUUACCGGAUCCUUCCCGACGCCGAAGGAUUAUUGGCCGUCCAGACAACUCAAGGGGUUCAGGUGAACUGUUUCCGGACUCUGAGCGACCUGGUUCAAGGGUAUCAGCACCCCCACAAAGGCCUGGUCACACCUCUGCUUUAUCCAGUGGGGCGAGAGAUAGAGCCCACAGAUGAGAGCUCAGAUGGUGAUGAUGAAAAACCAGGGGCUGCAUGGAGCUCAAACUCCACCACCUUUACCACUGCUACAGCGCCCCCUACAGGCCACCCCACUCCUCUCUCCCCAGCCCCUCAAUUACUACUGCAGAGACUGCAGGAGCUCAGUGUACCUAGUGCGGCGUCUGAGAUGGCUGGAUUGCUGACGGAGUAUCUGCGCGGAGAAAUCAUGCUUGACCUGGAGAGUCUGCGAAAAGGAGGGACGAGCCUGCACCAGUUACAGCGCGUCCUCAACACAGCCUGCCAAGGCCUGCACAGUGAAAUUGACCAGACCUUGUCCAGCCUGGAGACUUUGGCUAAAGUUUUUGACCAUCCGAGCUGCCCUCUUCCGUGCCUCAAAACACAGAACAUGUGUAAGGCUUCGGAGGAGACCCUCGAUCAUCUGCUACACAAAGUCUCAGCCCUGUGUAACCUGCUGUCCUCCCUGGAAAAAAGGGUACUCAAGGCAUUGCAGGAGGCAGUGACCAAUCACAACCUCUGUGUGCAGGCAGCUCCUCCCCCUGAACCUGCAGCACCAAUGAAAAUCCAUGCCAAGCCCAUUCCGGUGCACAGUUUUCAGGUGAAGGUGGUUCGUUAUGGCAAGCAGACAGUGUCAGUGGAUGUGGACACUGGUGUGCUGCUGUUUGACAGUAAGCCUGCUUCAUUCGGAGUGGAGACCAUCACACAUGACAGGAUUCUGCAGCUGGUGAAGUUUCAGAGCAGCCCGGCCAAACUUAGGAUGGUGGUUGACAGUCACCACAAUCCCCCCAGAGAGCUGCUAUUUGAGAGCACGAAGAAGCGGGAGGCUUUUUGUCAACUCCUUCAGCUGAUGAAGACCACACACUCCCCACAGGGAGAACCAGAAGUGAUCUCUGUGUUUGUCGGCACGUGGAACAUGGGGAGCUCCCCUCCUCCCCGUAACCUGCAGUCCUGGGUGACGUGCUGUGGCCUGGGUCGGACUCCGGAUGAGUCCGUCGCCGUUCUGCCUCAUGACAUCUACGCCCUGGGAACCCAGGACAACCCGCAGGGAGAGAGAGAGUGGGCGGAGCACAUCAAGGCCUCCCUCAGGAGCGUCACCAACAUUGACUUUAAGCAGGUGGCACUACAGUCCCUCUGGAACAUUAGGCUGGCAGUGUUUGUGAAGCCAGAACAUGAGAAACGAAUUAGUCAUGUGAACACAGCUAGUGUGAAGACCGGCCUGGGAAACACGCUUGGAAACAAAGGGGCAGUGGGUGUCUCUUUCCUCUUUAACGGCACUUCUCUGGGCUUUGUGAACUGUCAUCUGACCUCAGGGAGUGAGAAAGCACUCAGGAGGAACCAGAAUUUUUUGGACAUUUUAAGGCUCUUGUCGUUAGGGGAUCGACAACUCAAUGCCUUUGACAUCAGUCUACGUUUCACUCACCUCUUCUGGUGUGGAGAUCUGAACUAUCGUCUAGACCUGGACGUGCAGGACAUUCUGAAACAUGUGUCAAAAAGAGAAUUUGAUGAGCUUAUCUGUGCGGACCAGCUGACCCGUGAAAGGCAUAAGAGGAAAGCUUUCUUUAACUUCAAGGAGGAGAAGAUCAUGUUUCCGCCCACUUACCGGUACGAACGAGGCUCCAGGGAUUGUUACCUGUGGCAGAAAUACAAGACAAGUGGGGUGCGGGUCAAUGUGCCUUCAUGGUGUGAUAGGGUGCUAUGGAAGUCCUACCCAGAGACUCACAUCAUCUGUACCUCUUAUGGUUGCACUGAUGACAUAUUCAGCAGUGACCACUCCCCUGUUUUUGCAACAUUCCAAAUAGGAGUGAUCUCCUAUUACCCAAGCUGUGGUCUGGACAGGGCCUGGAUUGAACUUGAGACAAUAGAGGCGAUAGUGAAAACCUCCAGCAAGGCCAAGUUCUUCAUUGAGUUUCACUCCCGGUGCCUUGAAGAGAGUCGGCGUUCCGCCGAGAAUGACUCACAGAGUUGUGAUGUGCCGGGGUUUCUGAAACUGGGAUGGUCCCCCAAACAGUUGCCCAAGCUCCAACCCACUGUCUCAGACAUGGAAAACCUUCGAGACCAGCACUUGCUGCUUUCUGUUAAGUCAUGCGACGGGUUUGAGUCUUAUGGUGAAUGCUGCGUGGCACUGCGUUCCCUAUUAGGAGGCACCUCCGAGCCAUUUGAGACCUGCCUGACUCACAGGGGCGAAGAGAUGGGCUCCAUACGCGGGCGAGUCAAAGUCCAUGUACCCGUAGAACGCCGUCGGACACGAGAGAGGAUCUACGAGUGGUUUUGCUUUGAGAAGGAUGAAAAAGGCUUGGUUAGGGGCCGGCUGUCUCCGCAGUCUACUCGAGCACCCCUAACCCGACCGCCGUCAGCUCCAAGGCCGUCAGCCCCAAACAGCUACACCAACCCAGCCUACUUCAUCUUUGAGGGGGUGCCAAUCUUACGCAAAGUGGAGGAGGACCAGCCCCCCUGUGCAGAGUCUGAUGUGGUGCUGUCCAGAGACUCGGUACUCCAGCUUCCCAGGGUGGCCGGUCGUCGCAACCAGGAGAGGAAAUCCUCCCGCAGGUCUGACUUCACCGAGAUUGAGAUUCCUGGGUCCCUGCCCCCUUACGUUCCCUCUUGCGACCGGCAGCUUUCACCGCUGCUUGGUUCCUCCUAUCAGCUCUUCCCAGGACCAGACCAAAGCAAUGUCUUGCACAGCCAAAGAGGAGUUUCUCAAUCCAAACAGUGUCAGCAAUCGUCAGCACUGAAGGGCAGCUUGACUCAGGAGACUGUAUUACCAGUUAAACCCCUGGGUAGUUUGUAUGUGAACCAGUCUGUCAUUACUCGGGACAUGCAGAGGCUCCACAAGGGGCCGGGUCAGAAGGAACAUCUCAGAUUGCACCAGGAACGGCCAGUUUCGUCACGUAACGGACCUAGCCUUUAUCCCUACCUUCCUACCAGGGUUUCCCUAUGCGAGGCCUCUGUCCCUUGGAUUGCAGAGAACCCCCCUGCAACAACUGGAGAUAAUUCACUCACCGCUUUGCAGAUUGCUAAGUCACUGAGUGAGGUAGACUUCUUACCAGUGCACAGGAAGUACCCCUCCAGCCGCAGGACUGCCAAGCAGAGGGAACGUGGAUGUGAUUAUGCUUUUGCAGCAGAAGGCAGCUACAGCUGGGAGAAGGAGGUGGAUGUUCUGCACGGGGCUCCAGAGACUGUCCAGGAGCUGCUCACAACUCUGGGCCUGCAGCGCUACACACUUGGCCUCAGUCUCAACGGCUGGGAUGACCUGGACUAUUUCAGCGGGAUCACGGAAGAAGACCUACGUGCGGCUGGGGUGUCCAAUCCUUCUCACCGCAGGAGGAUUCUGGAGAACUUGCCCAAGAUCUGGGAUUGA